AGAUAUAUAUAAUACACAUCGCAGAGACCCACCUUCUUUAUUUCAGAGGAAAAAAAAAAGAACUGAGCAUCAUAGAAAAAGUACAAUGGGAUCCUUGGUUAAUGUGAAAGAAGCCACAGUCAUUACUCCUUCCGACCAAACACCUUAUACUGUUCUGUCUCUCUCCGCCUUAGAUUCUCAGCUUUUCCUCCGAUUCACCAUCGAGUACCUCCUCGUUUACUCACCCGUUUUCGACCCGGUUUCUCUCUCGGAUCGUCUCAAGUCAGCACUCUCUCGCUCCCUAGUUCCUUACUUCCCUUUCUCCGGCCGCGUACGCGAGAGACCCGGCGGCGGAGGUCUCGAGGUUAACUGCCGUGGCCAAGGUGCUCUGUUUCUCGAAGCUGUAACUGACCACCUCACGUGCCUUGACUUUCAGAAACCUCCCCGGCACAUGACUAGCUGGAGAAAGCUUCUCUCCCUAAACGUCAUCGAUGUCCUCGCUGGUGCUCCACCUCUCGUCGUCCAGCUCACUUGGCUCAGAGACGGCGGCGCCGCGUUAGCCCUCGGCGUUAACCACUGCGUCUCCGACGGUAUCGGAAGCGCGCAGUUUCUCACCCUCUUCGCCGAGUUAUCUAGAGACUCGCUGAGUCAGACCGAAUCAAAACGGAAACACUUGUGGGAUCGCCACUUGCUCAACCCGUCUCCGGUUCGUAACUCAUUAAACCAUCCCGAGUUUAACCGAGUUCCCGAUCUAUGCGGGUUCGUUAACCGGUUCAACGCCGAGCGACUCGUUCCGACAUCGGUCGUGUUUGUAAAACAGAGACUCACCGAGCUAAAGAAACUCGCGAGUCGACUCGGCGAGUCCAUUACAUCGUUCGAGGUGCUCUCUGCGCAUGUAUGGCGGAGCUGGGCUAGGUCGCUGAACUUGCCAUCGAACCAAAGCCUCAAGCUUUUGUUCAGCAUCAACGUCAGAGACCGAGUCAAACCGAGUCUACCAACCGGGUUCUACGGGAACGCCUUCGUCGUCGGAUGCGCGCAAACCACCGUGAAAGAUCUGACGGAGAAAGGGCUAAGCCACGCGACGAUGCUCGUGAAGCAAGCGAAGGAGCGAGUCGGAGACGAUUACGUCAGAUCGGUGGUGGAAGCCGUGAGCGAGGCGAAAGCUUGUCCCGACUCUGUCGGAGUCUUGAUACUGUCGCAGUGGUCUCGUCUCGGUUUAGAACGGCUUGACUUCGGUUUUGGUAAACCGGUUCAUGUGGGAUCGGUUUGCUGUGACCGUUACUGUUUGUUACUUCCGGUUCCUGAACAAAGUGAUGCCGUUAAAGUGAUGGUCGCCGUUCCGUCAAGUGCCGUUGACUCCUACGAGAAUCUUGUGAUGAGCCCUGACGCUUAAUAAUAGUUAGAGAAAAAUAAAUGAGGAAAUUAUCCUACCGUUGACUUGUAUUAUAUUGAGUUUUGACUUUAUAAAUCAUUUUUAGUUUU